UCGUUGUGAAUUUAAUAAUUGGACAAACCCCCAGAUCGAAGGCAGGCUUUCCUUUGGUUUAUUUUCGCUAUUUUCGAAAAUUUUAAAUUCAUCGAACACCCACCUACUGUAGUGGAUUCAAUUGUUGUCUUCUGGGCUUUCUCAAUCGCUCCUUUCCGGUGAAUUCUGUGCGAUUUCAUACAGUACUGAGGAUUCCGAGUUGAUCAUUGAUGCAGACUGUUGCCGUUUAAUUCAAUCGAUUGGGAGGUGAAUAAGGAAUCCUGCUUCGAUUUGUAUUGUUUCUGCUCUUUGCAAGUGUCAAAUAAUUUGUAGUAGAUCAUAAGUAGCUGCCUCAUUAUUUGAGGAAUCUUGUAUUAGAAAUGAGGAUAGUUAUUCGGGGUGUGAGGCUAUUGAGGCCAAAUUUGGGGAAUGGGGGAACUGCUAUUCAUGGGCGUUAUGUGGAAACGCAGAAUGUUCGGCUCAUUAUGCAUCAAUGUUUAACUUAUGGCCCAUACAGAAGUUUUGACAUUUGUCGGUGUCAACAACAUCCGUGGCGAAUGACCCAAAGAGUUAUUUCAAAUGAUGCAGCGAAAGUUUCUAGUGGAGAACUGGUUGGUGGAGGGCCUCUCAUGGAAUAUGAGCGAAGGAUUGCUGCUGGGGAACUAUUGGAAGGAGACGCCUGUCAGGUGGGUACAUUGGGAGAGCUUCAAAGAUUAUAUGACGAGCUUAUAGAAAAAGCAGAUGUUUGCCGGUUGGAUCGAUAUGCUGCCUCAGAAAAAGCUGGGCGGAGUCGCUGGCUAUGGUCCCGUUUCAUACCCCAAACUUCUUAUGCUCCUGUGAAGGGAUUGUACCUUUACGGAGGAGUGGGCACUGGCAAGACUAUGUUGAUGGACUUGUUUUAUGAACAGCUACCUUCUAACUGGAGGAAGAAGCGAAUUCAUUUCCAUGACUUCAUGCUAAAUGUACACAGUCGAUUACAGAGACACAAGGGUUUGUCAGAUCCAUUGGAGGUCGUAGCCGGAGAAAUAUCAGAUGAAUCUCUCUUAUUAUGUCUCGAUGAGUUCAUGGUGAAUGAUGUCGCGGAUGCCUUAAUUCUGAAUCGUCUAUUUGGACACUUAUUUAGCAAUGGAACCAUACUUGUUGCGACUUCAAACAGGGCUCCCAACAAUCUUUAUGAAGGGGGGCUUCAAAGGGAUUUAUUUCUUCCAUUCAUUGCUACCCUAAAGGAAAGAUGUGUAGUUCAUGAAAUAGGUUCAUCCGUAGACUACCGGAAAUUGACAUCGGCCGAGCAAGGUUUCUACUUUGUUGGCAAACAUUUAUCUACCCUUCUGAAGCAAAAGUUCCAACAAUUAAUUGGGGAACGCGUUGCAGUUCCUCAAGAGGUGGAAGUUGUUAUGGGAAGAAAAUUGAAGGUUCCGUUGGGUGCCAAUGGAUGUGCAUAUUUUCCAUUCGAUGAAUUGUGCGAUAGACCUAUUGGAGCUGCAGACUAUCUCGGGUUAUUUAAAAAAUUUCAUACAUUGGCAUUGGACGGUGUGCCUGUGUUUGGUCUCUCCAACCGGACUGCAGCAUAUCGGUUUGUCACCUUGGUUGAUGUUAUGUAUGAGAAUAAAGCUCGAUUAUUGUGCACUGCGGAGGCGACCCCAGUCGAACUUUUCGAGCGUAUUGUAACAAUUGCAGAUGCACAGCAGAUGGCUCCAAGAACUUCUUCAAGAUCAAGGAAAUCAGAUGACUCUGAUCUUUGUGUGGACAACGAGUUAGGCUUUGCAAAAGAUCGCACCAUUAGUAGGUUAACCGAAAUGAACAGCCGGGAGUACUUGGAGCAGCACGCGGAAAUGCUGUCUGAAAAGGGAGUCGUUGCGUGAGAUAGACGAAGCAGGUCGAUUCUCGUGGCUUUUGCGGUCCAAGGAGGGUCUUGGAGGUAAUGUUACUUUCAAGAUACAAGUUUGGUUCCGAUUGUUGGGUUAUAAUAAUUCUUUCUUGGAUGAAAGAACAAUGGAAGAUCUUAUGUACAGAUUAUUAUUAUGAUAAUAAUUCUUGGAAAAUAAGAUUGCUGCAAGUUGUGAAAAU